UAUCGCGAGAACACGCCGUCUAACUCUUCUGCGUGCAAGAGUCGUAUCGCGAGAAUAGCGCAACGGGUAUGGUAGGCGGUGACCUCAUCGUCGUCGAGAGGCGGAGCGAACCGCUGCAACUUUGGAUGAACUUCUGAUUUGAACAAACCGAGAGGCGGUCGGCGGAGUGCGCGGACAACAACAGACACAAAGGUGAAGAGAACAAGAGUUUUUCAGCUACAAACUCUUUACAGCCGUUUCGUUUUAUCUUUACCGGCCGUGACGGUUUUUUGUAUGACGGUGACUGACUAGCGAGAGCGUUAUUUUUCCUCUCGACAACGCUGACAAGGUGGAAAUAAAUAAAGGGAAACCUCUGACGACAAACACACAAGUAGGGGAAACAGAGGCACGGGAUUAAAAGAAAGCAUAUCCUGGUCAUUGUUCGUCACUGCUGGAUGGAGGAAACUGUUUCUACUUGAAGUUGGGGAAGCUGUCAUCUGUUUGCAGUGCUUUGUGUUUACAAGAGAUCCAGACACCCACAGUCAAGGGAGAGACUUUUUUUUUUUUUUUUUUUUUUUUUUUAUAAACAAGGCCAGCACCAAAUGUGUCCGUAAGACUCGCUCUUCACUUCACUCAGAGGACAUUAUGAUGACCCUAAUCUAAACCCUUCAGCAACCUUUCCCUCCCAUCUCCCCUCCCCACACCCUUUCCCAUCUCUAUCAUGACCAGUCUGAAGCGUUCUCAGACAGAGCGCUCGGUUGGGGGCUCAGUGCCGGCUACUGAUGAGUUCUAUACCCGCCGCCUGCGACUGCCCAAUGGAGGGGCACCACCACCCCGCAGUGAGAGCGCCCACAUCUCCUCCUCCUCCACCACUGGCACCAACCCCGGUGUUCCCAAAAUGGGGGUUCGGGCUCGUGUGGCUGAUUGGCCCCCAAGGAAAGAUGGAGGUGGAGGGGGUGUUUGGCAUAUCACUGUGGAAACAGACUCACCCAGCUCUACUAACACCACCAGCUCUUCAGGAUCAGGAAGUGGUGAUAGAGAAAGACUUAUAGGAGGAGGAGGAAGUGGUGGAGGAGGAGGCGGAGGAGGAGGUGGUGGUGGUGGUGGUAGUGGUGGUGGAGGAGGAAGUGGUGGUGGUAGUGGUGGUGGUGGAGGAGGAGGGGUGUCAGCCGUCACAGCCCACAGCAAUCUGUCAGCCAAGCUGGGCCACCUGAUAAGCCCACAGGACUCAUCCAUGCUUCGCAACAUCCACAACACACUAAAAAACAAGAUGCAGAGCAAGGGAAAAGACAAUCGCUUCCUGUCACCGGAUGGCUAUCUGGGCUCACCUCGCAAAGGCAUGAGGCGCAUCCGCCAGCGCAGUAACAGUGAUAUAACCAUCAGUGAGCUGGACGGGGAUGGCAAUGAGGGCUGGUCCUUCUCUGGGUGGACACCCAUGCACCGUGAGUAUGGCAGCACUUCAUCCAUAGAUAAACAUGGUGUGUCAGGAGAAAGCUUCUUUGACAUGCUAAAGGGAUACCAGUCGUCUGAAGCACCUGAUCAGCGAAGCCCCGCUCCAGAGAGGCUAACAGAGCUACUUACCGUGGCCCCAAUAAAACAGGCUGCCCUGGACCUGCCAGAUGGACCUUUAGGUCCAGCCAGAGGUAGUCCUGCCAGUCGGCUGAAAGAACGAGAGAAGCACUUGAAGAGGAGGUCAAAGUCAGAGACAGGUGGAGAGUCAAUAUUCCGUAAGCUGCGCAGUGUGAAGGUGGAGGGUGACACAUCGAGGACUGGCUCAGAUGUUGAGGAUGGGGGGAAAGGGGAUGAGAGUGGCCCACCUCCCAAACCCUGGGUGUGUCAAAAAGGAUUUUCCCAUUUUGAUGUCCAGUCUCUUCUUUUCGACCUUAAUGAGGCAAUUCAAAAUCGUCAAUCUGGGUCCAAACGCAAAAACACCACUACAGGUGCCUCAGCUGCCGCUGCCGCCUCUGCUUCGGCCACAUCCUCUCUAUCCUCCAAUCAGAGUGGAGUGUAUGGGUCACCCUGUGGCUCACAAGAGGAGCUGAGUAAGGAGGGGACAGGAGGAGGACACAGUACCAACCCUGCUUUGGACCCUGGUGAUGACAAGAGCAAUGACCUGGUGCUCAGCUGCCCUUGUUUCAGGAAUGAAAUUGGUGGAGAGGGUGAGAGGAACAUCUCUCCUGCGAAACAGCAGGGCAGCAUAGGUAGUGGUGGGAGCUCAAGCAAUUCUUCUGGCAGUACAGAGGAAGGACCUUUGGAUGCCACUCUCACUACUCAUUUUACCAACGCUGGUGUGGCUGUGUUGGAGGCCACCAAGGACGGGCCAAGCCAACAUGCUGACAGGUCCAAACGAUACAUUGUGGAACAUGUUGACCUCGGCGCCUAUUACUACCGAAAGUACUUCUACCUCAGAGAACACUGGAACUACCUGGGGGUAGAUGAGAACCUGGGCCCAGUUGCAGUGAGUCUGAGGAGGGAGAAGUUAGAGGAAAACAAGGAGCAUGGUCAGCAGUACAACUACAGGGUCAUCUUCAGAACGAGUGAGCUAAAUACCCUGAGGGGCUCCAUCCUGGAAGAUGCAGUACCUUCCACAUCCAAGCAUGGUCUAGCUCGAGGCCUGCCCCUCAAAGAGGUGCUGGAGUACCUGGUACCUGAGCUAAAUGUCCACUGCCUGCGCCUGGCACUCAAUACACCUAAGGUCACUGAGCAGCUGAUGAAGCUGGAUGAACAGGGGUUGAGUUUCCAGCGGAAAGUGGGGGUGAUGUACUGCAUGGCAGGCCAGAGUAGUGAGGAGGAGAUGUACAACAAUGAAUCAGCUGGUCCUGCACUUGAGGAGUUCCUUCAUCUGCUGGGAGAGAGGGUUCGACUCAAAGGCUUCACCAAGUACCGGGCCCAGCUGGACACCAAGAGUAUGUGUAUUCACAGAAACUACAAGUUGUCCUACAAGUACAGUGGAAAAAAACUUCAGAUGGUGUUACACUGACACUGAAACUAAUACAUAGUCCACAGCAGCAGGGUAAAAAUUGUCAUUGAUUAGAGGAGUCUUGUGGUCACUUGCCUGGCAAGCAUUUGAUGGAUUGUGGCAUGCAGGAUGUGAUCAAGCCCUCUGACAUGUUCAUGUUCAUGCAUGUUCAAUGCAUGGACAUGCAAUUUGAUAUUCAUA